CCUAACGAGAUAAACAAAUUGGGGUCCUUCCUCGCGUUAGGCUAGCAGUCGAAACGGUUUUUAGAGUCACGUUCUUUUGCACAACUGUGCUAAAUUGUGGGGUAAAUUGUACCAUUAUAAUCUGAGUGAAGUGUUUUAGUAAUGUUGAUAAAACAAACGGUUCUUCUGGUUCGGUCAUUUACAACCUAACUAGCCCGCUGGUGGUGUAUUUUUGACCGUCGAAGGGUGUGUUUUUUUCGGUCGCCGUCCAAACGGUGGUAACAGUAGCAUUAGCGAAACAAACAAGCCAACCUUGAGAUCCGUGUAACUCCAGUUUUGAUAUUUAGCCAACUAAAACACGAGGGGGGCGUUGAUGAGCAGCAAUGUCUGGCAUCGCUCUUAGCAGACUGUCCCAGGAGCGCAAAGCCUGGAGAAAAGACCACCCGUUUGGGUUUGUUGCUGUGCCCACUAAGAAUCCGGAUGGAACCAUGAACCUGAUGAACUGGGAGUGUGCCAUCCCAGGGAAGAAAGGAACAUUGUGGGAGGGAGGACUAUAUAAACUCAGAAUGCUGUUCAAGGAUGACUACCCUUCAUCUCCACCCAAAUGCAAGUUUGAGCCACCAAUAUUCCACCCAAAUGUCUACCCAUCAGGCACUGUGUGUCUGUCCAUCCUGGAGGAGGACAAAGAUUGGAGACCUGCCAUCACCAUCAAACAGAUUCUUUUGGGAAUCCAGGAGCUGCUGAAUGAGCCAAACAUUCAAGAUCCAGCACAAGCAGAAGCUUACACAAUUUACUGUCAGAACAGGAUGGACUAUGAGAAGAGGGUAAGGGCACAGGCCAAGAAGUUUGCCCCCACAUAGAGUGGAGAGGUGGCCUCGAUCCAGCCUGAACAGAGAGCUCACAAACAGGAGGCAGGCAGCACCUGAUGGACCACUCCAAUAAGAAUCCAAUUUUAAGUAUUCUAAAUAUAUUUUUUGAUACAGGCAACAAGUGAGCCUGUUUUUGUUUUGAAAAUUUAAUGAGAUCAUAAAUUUUACCUUGUCCUCAAAAAAGGG